AUGGCCGGGGAGUGCACCAAGCGCAUACACGCACUACUACUUCUCCUUCUCGUAUGCUUCACUAUUCAUGCGCAAUGCAGAUGCAUAGAGGCGGACAAGGAGGUUCAACUUGAGUAUAUCAAGAAGAGUCAACCCAUCCCAAGAUGCUGCCUAGAUAAACAUAAUGACUACUGUUGUUCACUCAAUUUGGUUUGCUACGACACUAUUGAUCAGUGCACAGCCAACUGCUCAAUUUCACGUUCGUCUGCAACCGUCUCCUCGUCCUCAUCAUCUUCCGUGCUUCCAUGA